UCGCUCGCCGACCUCGUAACGCGACAGUACCGCGGUACCGAAGCCGUUCGCAAUCGCAUCGCAAUCGCACCGCGCGAGGAGUCGUUGAAUGACGAGGGUGAUCGCACUCGCCCCCGCGUGAGCCCCGCGUUGUCCAUUAUUACGUGCGCGCGCGCGCCCGCGCCCCCUCCGAGUCUCGCGUACGUCAUCUUCCCCGUUGUGCCGCGUACCCGCGGAGACCGGAGGAAGCCAAGACCCGGAGUACAAAGUGCCCCGCGAGGAACACCAGAGACAAAAUCACACGCAAGUGACACAAGUGCGCUGAGCCGAGAGUGCUAAUGACCGAGGAUUCUCUGCCGCUCUCAUCUGUGAUAACGAGCGCGGCCGCAGCUGCUGAUACAACCGGGAGUAGUAAUCCUUCUCACGUGUUCACGUGCGCCGCGGCGAAAAGUUUCCGCGCCGGAUAAUCUCGCCGUCUCUUUCUCUCUCUCUCUCUCUCUCUCUCUCUCUCUCUCUUUCUCUCUCCGUGUCGCGCGCGCGGAUGCCGCCCGCCGCGACCUGAUUACGCGCGCCGCGUGCCGUCCCCGUGCGUGCGUGCGUGCGUAAAUAUAUGUCGCACACCACGAAGAGCGCGACAAAAUUCGCCCAAUGAACGGUGGAAUGGUUUGUGUCUGGUUGGACUACGACGUCAAGUGAUAAUUAGCCAGCAGCUCGGUUCUCCCGGCAAAGGAUUUUUUUAUCGACGAGGGACUGCGGGAGCUGUCGACAACCGGAGACGAAGCAGAGGCUGCGAUCGAGAAACCACUGGUAGAUCCGAGAGCGUGUUAUGAAAUUGCUGCCACCGAUUCAGUUAUCGCAGCUACCGCCGGUUUCCGCCGCGGGCGGAAUAGCCGGAAUGGAGCCUCGACUGACAUCCGGAAUAUCCUUGCCUUUAUGCCCGGACUGGGCCCUCUGGAGGGCCCAGUAUGGUCCCUCGAUAGGUUUCCCGCCGACGACACAUCCACCACCCAGUCCUCUUUUGGAUUUUAAAACUCAUCUACCAACGAGCUUAGUGUCCGACCCUAGAUUGUGGUCGCGGGAGGACGUAGCGGCGUUCCUGCGGUGGGCUGAACGGGAAUUCGACCUGCCGCCGUUCGACAUGGACGUGUUCCAGAUGAACGGCAAGGCUCUGUGCUUGCUGACCAAGGCCGAUAUGGGCGAGAGGUGUCCCAGCGCCGGCGACGUGCUGCACAACGUGCUGACCAUGCUGGUGCGCGAUUACAGCCAGCUGCAGAGAUGCCUGCCGAGCAGUCCGGUAACACCGACCAGACCGUCCACAUAUCCGCUGAGUCCACACUCGCAUCCGCCUACGCCAACGUGGACGGAGACGUCGCCGUACGCCUCGAAUCUCGCCUCGCUAAUGUCGGCUAAUUCGGUAACGCUCUCGCCGGCGCCGUCUGUGGACAGUCAGUCGGGCUCACCCAGCCACGCGACCGACGCGAAUCAGACGCAGGUCUACAAGAGCGACUCGGACGAGGACAACACUCACCAGGUGUCGAGCGGCAACAGCAGCCCACCACCAACGCCGACCGCUCUGACGGCACAAAGGCUCAGCGAGGUGAGCGUCAAGGAUCAGUCGAGCCCGACGUUACCGCACCAGCUGAUACCACUGGCUGGCGGCUUCCGGUCAUCUCCCGCCACCGCGCCCAGAGAGUUCUUCCCCAACGAUUCGUCAGAGCCCAACACCAACGGAAGACUGCUCUGGGAUUUCCUUCAGCAAUUGCUGAACGAUCCUGGGCAACGGUACCAGCAUUACAUCUCAUGGAAAAGUCGGGAAACCGGUGUCUUCAAGAUCGUCGAUCCGCCUGGUCUGGCGCGACUCUGGGGCAUCCAAAAGAAUCAUCUCUCUAUGAAUUACGACAAGAUGAGCAGAGCUUUACGUUAUUACUAUCGUGUGAACAUACUUAGAAAAGUACAAGGCGAACGACAUUGUUAUCAAUUCCUGCGUAAUUCAAUCGAGUUGAAGAACAUCAAGAACAUAUCAUCGUUGCGCCAUCAGAUGCGAAUAAAAUCGGAACCGGAGGAGGAGAGCGUUCUUUCCGGAAGUCCCGAGGCAGAGCCGGAAGCGGACAUGCCGACGGACCUCUCGAUGUCCAGCAUGAACCAGCCGUCAAGCGAACAGCAGCCCCUGUCGUUGCACGACCCACCUGCCAAGUACAGAAGUCACGCGUACAAUCUCGUUAAGACCAAUCAGGAGCCGGAAGAGAGGAAGUGACGCGGGACCUAGCGAUGGUAGGAACGCAAUGAUCGUGCGUAAUCAUUAAUCGCACCACGGCGAAUUGGGAGCCAACGGCGAAAUGACCUCGACGUAAGAAGGGUUCCACAUCGGCGACCAAUCGACGGAUUCGCAGAAUGAGAUUGAAGAUCGAUCAAGCGAGCGUAUCGACUCUGUCUGGUUCAUCGGUUUGUGAUGAGAAAGUGUCAUUUGUACAAAAAUACACGAAGAUUUUUUCAUGAGGAAAAAGCGGAAUCCAAAAAACAUAAUUCGUCGACGAAGCUCAUCGGGACGAUGCGAUGACGAAGAUAAGAUCUAAUCUCGGAAUCCAGUGUAAAGAAGUAUGCCGAUGGCUCGAGAUUUUGCAAUUGUUAAUCGUAGGACAUUCGAAAUACAAGUUGCAGAACGAAACACGUGAUGAAAGCUAGGAUCUUGAGCACAUUAUGCCCUUCUGAGGAAUAAUCGUCAAAAACGAAAGAAGAGAUAAGCGAGUACUCACGUUUAUUCGCAAAGGCACAUUGACGCUCGUAAUGAUUCGAGGGAUUCUUUAAAGGUUAAGAAAUUAAAUUUUAUGCCCUAUGUGCCCAGCUCUGUGUCGGGGAUUCAAAUUUGCAAUCACGCAAGAAUUCUCUCCGUUUUCGUCGUUAUAUUGUAAGAGUGUGAUAAGAAGCGCAAGAGUACUCUCCUCACAGUACAAAUCGGAUAACGAUUUGCUCUCUCCCCUGCCCACUACCCCCUCUCACACAUAGAUCCGCGUUGAGUGCCAAUAAUGACAGACGCUUCGAUGAAGCAGAAUCUUCGCGGAUAUUCCGCCCUAUCCCUAUCCCCCGCUUCCUCCUCGUAACGACACAAUCAUCCAUACCAGGCAAUUUCCUUUCCAUUUUUACAACGACAAGAUGUGUAUGAAACGUACGGUCUUAGGUGCACUUAAAAACAUACAUACGACGAUUCAAUGUACAAAGAAUGCCAGAAGGAGAACUGUUACCAGGUCUUUCCUUUCUUAUGCGUUUCUCAUUUUCUCCUUUUUUGUUCUUAAUCUUAAGUAUAUAUUCUGUGAUGUACGACUUUAUUUUUUCUUUCUUUUUUUGGCGAAACGCAAUCCGUGAAUAAGGUCGAUUCCAAAGAGAGACUCUACUUGAUUUGAGACAUUCAGUGUAAUUGCAUCACAGAAAAAUUGCGUUAUUAACGUUUCUAUAGUUUUCCGAAGUACAAAGAGCUUGACAAAAUCUUUUUUCAAUUCAAUAAUUAUGCGCAUCUGUACACAAAGCCAGAUCACAUAAUCUAAAGGAAAGAUUUAAUUGGAUUUUCUCAGGCUCUUACUGUAUAUGCGCGAAACCGAAACGGUUCUCCGUUACAUGUUGACGUAUUUGUGCCAAGAACAUUUGCCGUUUUAUGUAUUUAAUCGACUGUUCCAAAAAAAAUCGAUAUAUUUGGAACCAAUAUUAUAUCCCUUGUGCUCGACAUGUACGCGUUGUAUCAAGGACGCGCCAUAAUCGAGAGUCGUAUAAUCGAUUAUACGUUGUAAGAACUGUAUAUAAACUAAACUAAUGAACUGAGUUAAUGAACUGUAAAUGCGAACGAAAGGUAAGAUGAAUAUUAGUAGUGCAAGAGUUUUAUGGAAUUUCGGGGCCAGAGUUAGAAUGUAUAAAUUUAUCUAUAGAAAAAAAAAUAUAUAUAUACAUAUAUUUUACUAUCAAAAUUUAUAUUCGAAAUUUCUAUGUUUGUUGCCUGUGUGAUUGUGGCUUACAUUCCACGACUCUUUAUCCGAGAUUUGUCUAUGUAUAUAUAUAUAUAUAUAGAUAAAUCACGAAAGUCCGCAAGAGAGGUAAAAGAAAAGUGAAGAAAUAAGGCGCAUAUACAAUUAGGAAACAGAUUUUAACAAGAUUGCUAAUUGUAUUUUUGCACUUGAAGAUAUAAAACUUGGAAAUAUAAAAUUGAUUAAGAAAACACGAGAGAAUUAAAGCAUGAGUGCGAGCGAGCGAAUGAGUGAGUGAGAAUGAAUGAGACAGGUAUAUGACAUAAAAUGACAUAUUGAGAAAUA